AUGACCUGGGUCCGGAUCUGGCCGGGGCCGCAGGCGGCGCCGCCGGCCGCCAGCCGCGGCUGCACGGUCAGCGUGCCCGGCGUCAGUGUGCUGCUCGACCGGCGCGCCCACGGUCUGCGGCGCGCGCUCUGGGCGCUCGUGCUGGCCGCCGCGCUGGUCAUCUUCGUGCUGGAGCUGCUGCUGAGCGUGCAGCGGCUGCUUGAGGCCGACGUCACCCGCAGCUGGUCGCACUCGUCGGCCGACCAGCUCGAGUUUCCCGCCGUGACCGUGUGCGCCUUGGGAGGUCUGAAGCCGAGCGCCGUGGCGCGUUGGACGCGCGACAACACCACGCAGGCCGACUGGUUCUUCCACGGGCUGGAGCUGCUCCGCUGGCAGAGCAUCGACCUGGAGCGGUUCCUGGACGAGGCCUCCUACACCUGGGAGGAGCAGGUGGUGCGGUGCACGCUGGCCGGCCAGCCGUGCGCCGCCGCCGGCCGCGUCUCGCACCCGUUCUCGCAGAUGCUGGGCCAGUGUCACACGCUGACGGCCGGCGGGCCGGUGCCGCGCGCACACAUGCUGCCCCAGCUGCGACUGCAGCUGGCCGAGACGGACCGGGCGGCCGUCGCGGCCGGCCACCCGGGCUGGCUGGUGGCGCUCCACCCGGCGCACGUGCGCUGGUCGGACACGGCCGCCGUGCUCGGGGUCGCCUCCGUACUGGUCGUGCCGCCGCAGGUCAUCAGCCAAUUCACCGUCAAACGCACGCGGCUGAGGCGCCUGAGCAGCGAGCAGGCGCCGUGCGACGCGCACACCUCGGCGGCCGACGUGCUCGACUGCCACGACGCGUGCCAGUGGUCGGAGGCCGGCGGCGACGCGUGCCGGCUCCGCUGGCUGGCGCACCAGCCGGCCGACACGGCGGCCUGCACCUCGUACGAGCAGUUCCUGGCGGCCACCAGCCACCGGCGCCUGUUCCUGAACAUCAGCGGCUCGUCGGAGACGGCGAUGCUGCACGCCGUGGCCGAGUGCUCGCGGUGCCGGCCGAGCUGCGCGGCCGACAUGUACGUCGUGCAGAGCCGAGACCGGCUGCAGCUGUCCGCCGCCGGCACGGUCAGCGGCCAGGGCGUCAACGCCGAGGUGCUCAUCCAGCUGCUGGCCGAGCUGGAGGACGUCGUGGAGAAGUACGACUACACGUUCAACACGCUGAUCUCGGACAUCGGCGGCAUCGCGGGCCUGCUGCUGGGCGCCUCUGUGCUGACGCUGGUGGAGCUGCUCGACGGACUGGCGUCGGCUCGGUGCCGCUGCCGCCGCGACUGA